UGUGACCAAACAAUGGAUUAUUUUAAACAAUUUAACUUCCCCUCAAACUUUAAUUUUGUCAAUCAUGCUUAAAAAAUGUCGGGGGAGUUAAAUUACCCCCAGGGUCCUUUUUUUUUUUUUGAAAAACCAUGUUGCUUCAAUUACGAUUACUGUCACGUCAAACAGGUCCUUGGAAGAGGUACCUCAGCACACCUGCCAGAGUUCGUUUUGCUCCUAGUCCAACCGGUCAAUUACAUUUAGGAGGUUUACGAACCGCCCUUUUCAAUUACCUGCUUGCCAAAAAGACUGGCGGCCAAUUUAUUCUUCGUAUUGAAGACACGGAUCAGACACGUUAUGUAGAAGGAGCUGUAGAGAAUCUCGUUAAGGCUCUGAAUUGGGCUGGCAUUCCUCAUGACGAAGGGCCUGAAAAGGAAGGACCUCAUUCACCUUAUUACCAAUCACAAAGGACCGAGUUGUAUAGAGAUCAUGCCAAAAAAUUAGUCGAGUCGGGACAUGCUUAUCAAUGUUUUUGUACACCAGAACGAUUAGCACGAGUACGAGAAUCACGACAAAAGCAAGGAAAUUAUAUCGCCUAUGAUAAACAUUGUUCAUACCUAAGUGACGAGGAAAUCAAGGAGAACGUCGAUCAAAACUUGCCUUUCACUGUUCGUCUUCGUACACCUUAUGAAGGAACAACAGAACAUAAGGAUUUGGUGUAUGGAAGUAUCAAUUUUAGUAACAAAACAAUCGAUGAUACAAUUUUGAUUAAGAGUGAUGGAUAUCCUACAUACCAUCUUGCCAAUGUCGUGGAUGAUCAUUUGAUGGAAGUGACACAUGUUUUAAGAGGAGAGGAAUGGUUAUCUUCCACGCCUAAGCAUAUUCUGUUAUAUAAGGCGCUAGGCUGGAAACCUCCCUUGUUUGCACAUCUUCCUCUUUUAUUAAACCCAGAUGGUUCAAAGCUCUCAAAGAGAUCAGGGGAUGUUCAUGUAGAACAAUACAUCGCAAAGGGGUAUUUACCAGAAGCCAUUGAUAACUUUGUUGCAUUAUUGGGCUGGAAUCCAAAUACAAGUGAUUCUGUUUUCACUGUUGAAGAAUUAAUCGAACAAUUUGAUAUUAAGGACAUCAAUCACUCUGGUGCUGUUGUGGAUCAUCAAAAGUUGGAUUGGAUCAACAAACACCAUAUUUUAAAGCGCGCAGAAUCACCUGAAGGGUUAAAUAGUUUGGUUGAUAUUUUAAAACCAUUUGUGAAUAAAUCCUAUCAUCAACUGGAAGGAACUCAACAAGCAUAUAGAUUGAGCAACGAGUAUCUUGCACAAGUGAUUGAUACGAUCAAGGAACGUAUCAGAAACAUCAGUGAUAUUCCCAGCCUCUGUAGUUACUAUUUCGAAAAUCCAGACUAUGCAAGUGCGGAUGCAUUAGCAUUGAAAAAAAAAUUGAAGCAACCUGCGCUUGAUUUAAUUUCUACCGACGAAUUUAAAGAAAAGUUGAGCACGAUUGAACCUUUUGAGGCAACGACGAUCAAACCUUGGUUAUAUGCAUUAUCAGAAACCAACGGAUUGAACCCAAAUCAUGUCAUGAUGGCAUUGCGAUAUAAAGUAACUGGAUCAAGAGUAGGUGCAGGUGUUGCUGAGACCAUCCAAGUACUAGGUAGAGAGACUGUGAUGGAACGAUUAAAUUAGACCCAUACCAAAUAGAUGAAAAUAAAAUAUGUAC